AUGAUCCCUUCCACCGAGCUGGCCACACACAGCCUGUCCCGCCUGACAGCGGCUUCGAUAGGUACAACUACUUCUACAGCCAGUUACUGGCAAGAACAGCUCUACUCGGUAGUUCCCGAGACCGCGCGACGGACAUUAGCCGCGGUAGAAGGAAGAAUCACAGAACAAGUUCUAACCCCGGUUUUCUCGAUUUACGCCACCUAUCUCGAAACCGCCACCGCGAAACUAAACGACGUUGCGUUUCUGAAGCAGGCGCUGGAUUUUCUGGAGAAGCACAAGCCUCUAGCGAGGGUCCUGAACAAGGUUUUCAACCCACGAGCUCUUGUCGGGUAUUGCUGCACCUAUUUCCUCUACCGGUGGUACACUACCCGGUUCUCCUUCAUCGGUUGUAGAGGACUUCUUCUAAACGGGCUGCAGUUCCAGGUGUCCAAAAAGAACAGCGACUGGCUGGUGCUGAACGCGAGCGGGUGUUUUUCCAGUAAAGUCGACUUCACGAUCUGGAAGCACAGACUGGAUGUCGCGAACCAAAACCUGAAAGUCGUGCAGCGGUGGUGCCCCCACGCGGCCGCGGAUUUGAGUGAGGGUGACAUCGAGGAGUUGUUAGUCCGGGUUGCUGUGCGAGGUGGCAGCUCUCCACCUCGGAAAGAACGAGCGUCGGAAGAUCAAGAACAAACCGAGAGUUGUACUGUCGAAAACAGCAAGACCGCGGGAACUACAACUGCGUUAAACGACCUGCUCAAGACACAUGGGCACCAGCAAGCUUUGCCGAGUUCUGCGUCGCUGCUCUCCUCAUCUUCCAGUAGCGCCGAUGAAACAACGUCCGAAGAAGUGGAAGGUGGGAUAAAAGAACUUGCGGGUCAACACCAGAGAAGUCAUCUGGUGACCACUGCUACUGCACAGCAUGGAGAAGAUGACUCUUCCUCUUGUCAUCUUUUUCACCCGGUUGAUUCCGAGCUUGAGACCGAAGAGCAAACGCCUUCCGGCUUCGUGUCCUGCGCCGAGACUGCCGAAGAGCUUGUUUUGAUGCCAGCGGCAAGAACAGCGUGUAGUCCUGGAGGAAGCACUAGCGAUUUUCCCAAGAAUGAUCGUGCUAGUAGUUCGUCAACACUAGGGGAAGAUGGAACAAGAAGUACAGCACAACCUGGACAAGUAGAUCAAGCACCACCAGCACCUGCUGCACCCGGAGCUGAAGCCACAACUGCACCUUCUACGCCACACAGCACAUCGUGCACAGCAAGGUCGAGCGUCACGUUAAAUGAAGCAAGUUCUGCUAAUCUUCCAACACCGACAUUUCUCGCGGAACUGGACUUUUUGAAGACAAAGAAACCUCUGCCGAUUGUUGUAGAUUGCGAGGGCGGAUCCGGAGCUACUGGUCUGGGCGCUGAGAACGGCCGGAUUGUAGCCUUCCACUCAGCCGCGGCCCACCUGCACCUAGAAACCGCAUCUUCUACCGCCGCGGCUCCCAAGGACGACGAGGGGACGACCGCCGCAGCCGCGGCUGGCGUGCCAGUGCCACUUACACCCGCGGAAGAAAAUUUCCUACAAAAAGAAGUCGCCAAGUUGCCGGACACAUCCAACCAUCUUCACACAAGAUCGACAAGAACCCGAAAAAAUCCAGCUGAAAGUUGUACUUUCCUACAGAGACCAGAUCAACCUGAUCGUCGGCUACUACAUCACACAGACACACAGCUGGCCGUCGAAGCCUUCGUGAUUUGUCCUUUACAUUCCUACAUCUUUGAAACCUCAACCGGCUCCUGCAUCUGGGAUCCGACGCUCCGCCAGCCGCCCGCCUGUCGCGGCCUCCAGACCGCGAAGCCGGUUGUUCUGUUAUCGUAACAAAAAAUCCCCCCUCCCCAUUCCCAUAUUAAAGACGCAUCCUCCUGAAAAUUUGUGUUGCAGAUUUGUGACCACAAAUCCGGUAUGUCAUGCAAGAAGGCAAACUUGGGGUGUCCGCCGCGUUACAUAGGCGAUUUGUAAUGCUGUAAGGCCUACAGGGCAGACGUCUGCCAUGCUAGGCGCCUACAGCAAGAGGCCCCUGGCUAGGCUUGCGAUCUGCGUGCAUUGCUCUACUGCAAGACAAAUUUGAUUUGUGUACAGAAAUUCCGCAUCACAGAUUUCCGUUUUGAUAUGAGAAGGGGGGAUUUUUCAUUUUGAUAUCUGUUCGGUGGCCGAGUUUUAUUCCUGUACAACAGGUUGAACGGUGGCACUACUGCAGCUUCUACCCGAGGUACUACAACACGGAAAACUUCUCCGUCAAGAACUUCUACUGCGGGAUUUUUUUCUGACUUCACCGCCGGUUUUCGGAGUUUCGUGAUGCGUGGCUUUUUCGGCUUGGUUGCUCGGGUCGGUCGUGAGGUGAAAAUGUCGAACAAGAAGAGGAAAAUGGUGAACAAAGUGCUAUCAUCUGCUGACACAAGAACAUCAGAAGCGUUGCGACUGACACAGCAAGAAAUCCAGGACGAGCGCGGUUAUCGUCCCGUUACAGACGUGAGGCGACAGAAAGACGCCGACGAGAUCCAGUUGCACCUCAUCAACAAGGCGCUGGCGCGGAUGAUGUGAAAAAAUUGAGUAGGAUUUCUUGGAAGGUGUCGGCGCUUUUUUAUGUUAUGUCUUGAAUAGACGAGGGAUAAGUACUUAAUAAUUUGAAAACGUCGCAUCGCUGACACCCUGCUGUAAAACCCAGGAACAUCCAGAAAGACAAUCCACACAGUUUCAGUUUCAGUCUUCAGCUUUUGUUUUACUUUUCUUUUCGUAAUGGCUGUUUGCGAAAAACAGUCGGUCUUGCGACAAAAUCAAUGUACCGUGAUCACGGCCAACAUCGUCGCUAGCGCGAUGUGCCAAAGUUAUGAAGAGUGUUUUGGUUCGUUGCUAGUACGACAAAGAGUUCUUCUCGUGCUGCAGUUUCUGUACAGGGAAAAAAA